AUGAGAGCACUCGACCCGCGACGCCCGCCGAUCUUCCCCCGUUUCUUCGUUUCCUUCGCGCUUCUGUUGUUUGUUGUCCAUAUCUGCGAGCCGCGCAGUGUACGCGAAAACGGGGACCCGGUCCCCUCCGCUGGCCGUUCGGCGAUCGACAAACAUGAAGAGGUAAACGCGGAAUCAGUGUCAGUUGACUCUCAAAGACUCGCUUCUGAGCAGCAUGACUCCGGCUCCCGAGUGCAAGGAUCUUCUCCAGAAGACCAUCGAGUGCGAGGAGAGCUCGGCGGUUCUCAGGACGAAAAAGUCGUGUCCGAGGAGAUCAUCACGUCCGACGAGCAAGCCUCGGUGGUCGGAGGAACGAGACGGAACGUGGACGAUUCAGGAACCAGCGAGAGCAGCGAGGUGUUGAAGCAAGAGGACGAGGAGUCCAGCGUGGCGAAGAAACGGAGGCGAAACGAUGUCGCGUUGUCUGGUAAGCCCGAAGUCGAAGCAGAGGCGAAGGACGAAGCGAUCAGAAGGUUCGACGUCCAAAUAGACACCGAAGGUGUUCCGCGACCGAGCGUCAAGAAUGAGCCACGGAAAUCUGAAGAGAUCCGCGUUUCGGAAAUUCAAGACGAGGUGCCUGGCUCUUUUCGGCAAUCGGGGAAGUUAGACGAAGUCAUGAAGAACGAAGAGGACGCUUCGCGACCCGAAGAGAGCAGGGAAUUCAGGUCGUUCGCCGAGUCUCAAGGUAAAUCUAAACGAAAGAGUUCUACGGUGUAUUUGAGCGCGGAGGAGAAGAAGAUAUCCGACGGAGAACAGCAGUCAAUCGUAGAGGGGCAGAUAAAAAAAUUGAUAUCGAUUCGCGACGGGGCGUUGGACGCGCAGAAGGAUAGCUCGGAUCCGAAACUGGUAGUCGGGGUAGACGAGGUCGCGAUCACUCACGAGGAGAUUCGAGACGAGGAUAGGAAAUCGGGCAGGGCUCAGAAUCUCCAGCAGUUCCGACUCUUGACUCCGGACGCCGUCAUUUACAACAUCCUCCAAGACGCUUUACAAACUUAUCCGAGAGACGAGACUUCCGUUUCCUACAUCGAUCCGAACAACGACACUUUAAACAAAUUAUUGACACCCGAUCAAUUGGCCAUCCUUCAGAUGGCCGAGAAAUUUUUGCCCGAAGCCUUGCGCAGAGACUAUUCCGAAAAAAUGUUCUCUUGCGUGAGAAGGUUCGAGUAUUUCAGCUGCGUCAAGUAUUUCGCUUGGCCACUGGUCAAGCAGUAUUUCCCAGCGUUGCCCGCGUUCCCUGAUUACCAGAGCUGGUACCCGAUCGUCGAUCUCUCCCCGCACUAUCCAAUCUUCCCUUUCCCUGGCUCUUUGGAGGACGUCGGCGAGCUACCAGAGGUCGUCGACGCUGACGGGACCAGAGCGCGGAAACCGAGACCGGAAGUGGUGAUAUUCCAGGUUUUACAAAAUACGUUGAAGGAGCAACAAUCGCGAACGUCGACCUCGCAAUCGUUUCUCGAUCAGUCGUCGGACACUCACGUGGCUCUGAUUCCCGAGGAUCAACUGUUAACAAUCAACUUGGCCGAACAGUUACUACCGAUCUCGUAUCGACCGGAAUUCGUCCAAAAGACCGUGAGAUGCAUGAAGGAGUACAAUUACCUGUCUUGCUUCAAAUACUCGGCUUGGCCCACGGUCAGACGCUUUAUCCCCACUCUCCCGGAUAUUUCGAGAAUUCUUCCAGAUUUUCACGCGCAGGCAAUCUCGGACAUCGGUGCUUACGUACCACAGAUCUCGACCUAUCCCGAUCUCAGAUUCUAUCUGCCCGUUAACGAAGCUCCGAUAAGGGAAGCGUCGACCGCGCAAGCUUACGUUACGUUGAAGAAACCGGAGAAUUUGUUGAAAACGUCCGACGAAUUGGAGAUCAAGAUCAUAGAUAUUUUAUUGAAAAUGAGGAAAUCUCUGGAGAAAGACAAGGAGAUGUUCAUGUUGGCAGGGAACGCGGUCACUUUCACCAAGAGGCAAAUCGACAUCUUGCAAUUAGCCGAGUGCCUCAUACCGUCCUCCGCCCGGUCAGCCUUCGUUUCAGAAAUUCUAGCGUAUCUCCAGAAAAACGACAACUUCAUCGAUUCCGCUAGACAAGUGAUAUGGCCCACCCUUUCGAAAUACGUACCGAGCUUACCAGAAUUUCCAGCGUUAGACAUUUUCAAGGAAAGAAUCGACGUGGGCGCGCAAGAAACAGUGAGAACUAAAGAGAGUACGAUCGCUCCCGGAGAAACUGUACAGGAACGAGGAACUUCUGACUCCGACAAGAUUUACUCCCAGGACAAGGAAUCGCGAAACCGAGUACCCGACGUACCAGUGAUCAGCGUGUCUGGUACCAGGUUCGUCCCGAUCUUUACGGAACAUCCGGAAUCUGUGAUCCUCAAUAUUCUCCGCUCGGUUCAACUGCAGUCAUUCAAAACGACUUCCACGACUCAGGCUCCGACGAUCAAGAAUCAACAGUUUCUCGAUUAUCUGACGGAACAGCAGGUCAACAUCAUAAACAUCGUCGACUCUUUACUACCCGAGAGUUCACGACCGGAUUUCGCCAACAAGAUGAUCGACUGUCUCCGCGUGAAUAAUUUCCUAAUAUGCACCAGAGACGUGAUUUGGCCCGUGUUAACAGGAUACUUUCCGUGGUUACCGAAUUUCCCGAACUUCGGCAUAGUAGCUAAUACUCCCGCCACUGCUAACUCUUCCACCACGCUCAAUCAAAAUAUUACCGAGCACAGCGCCAGUUCAGACGCUUCGCCCCUUUCCGAAACGGACGUAAAGACUGGACAGCACGGGGACACGACGGUGACGAUAACCGACACUAGAUUCUUCCCGAUUUACAACGAAUUGCCCGAGACCAUUAUCCUGAACAUCCUGAAGGCGGUUCAUCUCUCGAUCCCGAACUUACCUGCUUCCUCGGCUCCAUUGAGGACGCAAGAUUACUCCGGACGUUUGACAGAACAACAGAUAAAUAUUGUACAAAUCGCAGAGAACUUGUUGCCGAUACCGGUACGAUCAGAGUUCAUCGACAGAAUCAAUUCCUGCACGAAAGAAAGAAACUUCUUGGAAUGCACGAGGGACAUCACUUGGCCCAUGAUGGCCCAAUUUUAUCCGUGGCUGCCCAGCUUCCCGAAUUUCGGCACGCUUCAGAAUUUGCCCCAAGCAUCGAGUUCGAAUUCGAUCAGAUUCCAAGUGUUCUUGUCUGAGAAACCGACGCCGAACCCAGAAUCGCAGAAGAGCUCGUUAAGAGAAGCCGAGGAGAAAAUACAAAACGCUUUGUCGAACGUCCUGAAGGAAACACCCGAUCUGGAUCGAUCGUACCUGAACGUGACCGAUUCUAUUUCAUCCGUCCUGACUCCGAAACAAAUGGACAUUAUCAAAUUGGUCGAGAAAGGACUUCCGGAAGCUGCGAGACUUCCGUACGUGACGAAGAUGACCGAGUGCGCGUCGCGUUACAGUUUCUUGGCCUGCACGAACAGCAUCAGCUGGCCGACUUUGAUGCAAUACGUCCCGUCAUUGCCGGAUCUUUCGAACAUCAUCGAUUUUGGAUCCAAUCUUUCAACUCUCAGCUCCAUUACCAUUGGCCCUCCGAGUAUUCCUCUCCCUCAGUCGCCACUUAGAGAUCAACGAUCCUUACAGUAUUCUCAACGUCCCGACCCUCGUACCACGUCUCCGGGUAAUCUGGAGAUUAAGAUAACUGGAAACGGGCCGUUAAUAAGCAUCUCCCAGCUUUCUCCGAUCUUUCCGCAACAAAUCGGAGUUUAUCAAUUAGAAGGCAAUAAAGACCAGACAAACGAGAACGUACCCUUGAGCAAUACCCUUCACCUUCUCGCGACUUCUCAAGGAUCGAUCGGACUUCAACAAUUGGCAGAACUGAUUGAUUCCAAGAAACAGCAGAAACUUCCGUUUCAAGGAACUUUUAACAACAGAUUCGAUGAAACUGCAGCUUCCAUUCCUACCACCACCCCGCAGCCUGCGAAUUAUCAAGGACCAAUCGAACUUCAGGAAUUGCUACAAAACUGGAACUCUAACGUACCACCUCUCGCUAGUUCGCCCGACCUUCUUGCAACUUCUCAGCGUCCAGCCGGACUUCAGCAAAAACCGCAAGAACUGGGAGGACUCGUGACCCAGAACUCGUUGAACGAUCAACGUCAGGAGAGCAAGAUAAAUGAAAGCUCACCGAUCACGCCGUCAGUAGGUAACGAAGGGGUCCCAGGAUACGCCGGCCAGCCGCCGGGCAUCCCCUUAGACAUUUCCGGCGAGAGAAUCACAUCCGGCAAACGACAGACAGAGACGAAAGACUCGAGACCACCGGUGGCCAAGGCUAGGAAACGCAGGAGUGCUACGGGCGUCCCAAGUUCUCGCUACGACACCGAAUACACGUCCGACGAAAUCGAACCUUCGGCGUCGUCGGUCGACGAAUUUCCAAACGUCACGGAAUCCGAGUAUCUUCGAAUGUUAAUUAAAAUAAGAGAGAGGCGAAAAUCGUUCGGUGCCAAUUUGCCAAAACCGAAACGGUACACCGUCGACGCGUUGAAUUCUACCGUCAGAAAUAAUUUGACGGCUGAUCAAUACGAGAUAUUGAAGGCCGUCGACGAUCUGGACGACCAGUCGUCAGGUAAGGGUAUUGCGUCGCAGGUGAUACAGUGUAUCACGGGGCUCAGUUUCAUCAGGUGUGUAGGGAUAUUCGUCUGGCCGCUGAUCGUGAACAAUCUGCCUCUGCCGUCGUUCCCGAGUUUCGGAUUCUUCGGGAGAUCGUUGGAAACGGAGAACAAAGUGCAGGACUUUUUUGGAAUGUCUACGGACAGUUUCGAGAGGGAACUGUUGGAGAGGAGAGACUCGAUCGAAGGGUUCCUGCUCGACUGGUACAGAAAAUUGGUCGAAGAAAAAUUCCAGAUGGACGUGGGUUUGUUUAAAAUCAAGGGUUAUGGGAAUAGCGAAUUGGGUAUCAGCGUCUCCGGGUUCAGAGAAGGCAGAGGGGCGAAGAUCAAAGACAACAAAAAUCUUCCUAGUAUUUUGACGAUAAUAAGCGACAUCAUGGAAGAAGUUCUCGAUCAACGACCCGAGGGGGAGAAACCGAAGAAGGACAAGGAGAAGAAAGAGAGGAGCAUCGACGACUCGAGAGAGAGUUAUUUUCAAUUUCUGAAGGAUAGCGAAGAGUACGUGGACAUCAGGAGGUCUAUGAACGAUCAAGAGAUUAUCACGAUGUUUCUGGACAGGAUCAGAGCGAACGAUUCCGAUUACGGCGACGACGGUUUUAAAUAUUUCACCGCAGACGACGCGUACAACGCUUUCGAAGUCCUGUUCGGUACGAAGUUACACGACAAGCUCGGUCAGAGUUCGCCGAAAGAGGUGGACAUCGUGUCUCUGGAUUCGGAAAAGGAUGCGGCGGAGCUGAAAGUUCUGCCACUGAACGGCCGAGUGACCUACGACCUCGAGAAAGAGUCCGCCAGAGACCAGGAGAACAGGCAGCGAGAGAAGAGGGCCAAGAACUUCUUCAAGUCCUUCUUGGAGAAACGCCCCGACAAAUAUUUCAAGGAUCAUCACAUAGAGAACUUCGAACACAAUAAAAUAACCGAAGAACGUCGUCCUGAAGACGGUAGAUCGAGUUUGAUCCUCAAAUUGCCCUCCUUGCACGACGAAUUCUUGUCCAGAAUGGUGACCGAUUCCGUGGUUCGUUUGAGCAGGGGAUUAAAAUCUAAAAUGACGCAGAUGAUGCCUGGGCUCGGGUUGAUCUUCACGUUUUUACUUCAGACGGCACUGGCCCACGCGCGAACGGCCGCAUCGGUGGCUGGAAUGCUGAGCAACGUCGCCUUGGGAUCGGCUAUGUUCGGCAUGGUGCGAGACUCGCUUAUGGGAUCGAACGAUCACCCGAAAAUUAAAUAUGUUUACGACAACGAUAAAAUGGGACCGGGCAUCACCUGGCCCUCUCGUUACGAGCCGCAUUAUUACGGAUAAAAAUUUUGUCUGAUACUUAGAGUAAUUAUAAUUUAACAUAACGUUUAUCACCGAUAGAUAAGGAUUCCGGAUUUUGGAAACGAGAGCUCAGGACGCGUAGACUCUCUCGCCUGGACUUGCCAUUUUUAAUUAAUAAAAUAAGAGGGUGCCAGGGUUACAAUAAUUACGAUUAUAGGAUUGUAUUUCAACGCACGGGACUUGAUUCGCUAUGAGUUAAGAUUUGUUUAAGGUUCUUUUUAAAGGCUGAAUAACAAUGAACGUGUUGGGCUAGCUUUAAUUUUUUCCUGGCCGGCGACGAUAUCCUCGUCGAGUGCCUCCUUCUCGGUCUUCCUCGAGGUCGCAAACGCGCAUACGUUUGCGAUUUCGUUUUCUUAUAGCACGGACUGCAGAGACUCGAUCUUAGAUUAGAAGUAAAGAUGUAGGGGUUUGUUAAGCAAUCAAAUUCUCUCGUUAGUUCGUGAAAGGAUUUCAUGGUGGCGGGUAAUAAUUAGGCUGCGAAGUCGACGCAUUUACAUGGAGUAUAAAACGUAUGUGCAAUGUUUAGUAAUACACGGAAUAUCCGAGGUCAAUAGAAUCGACGAAUAUCUGUUUUUUUUUUUUUCAUUUUAUAAGUUGACGUUAUGAACGGCUUUUGCAUGAAGAUUCGCAGUCUAGUAAUAAUAAUAAUCUCUUAGAUCUAUCCUCUUAUCGAUCUCCGUAUUUAACCAGUGUGCUCGAUUAUAAUUAAAGAACAAAUACAUACACACGCAUAUCGUAAGGUCCUUAGCACGUAAGAACUGUCUCGUUGAUGCCACGUUUACGAAAAGAAAAUAAUAAACGACUGAGAAUAUUCACGUUCCUGGUUUCCUUCGCGCGAGUCACUUCAACCACUUCUUUCCUUAUCUUAGAGUAAUUUUUCGAGAUGACGAUCGCACGAAUAAUCGUUCCCGUCUCGUUUCUUGCUGUUCGAAACGAGUUUCAUCGAAUUCCGUUUGUUGAUCAGAUUUAAGGUAUUA